AGCGGCACUUGCAAUAUGGCGGCUUGCAUGCGGCAAAGCAUAGCUAAGGGGGUAACGUGUUUACUGAAUGCUGCCCGUUUUGCCCCAUCUUCUCUUGUGAUCCCAGUGAGGACCAAAAAAAGACUUAGACUUCCCCCUAGGAGCUAUGAUUCUAUGGAAGAACAGCAAAAGCAGUUAAAAGCUGCAGGAAUUGCGAUGUCUGAAGAAAAGAUGGCACAGUAUAUCACUAUUACCUGCACAAGGGGGAUCUUUGACCCUUACAUUCCUCCAGAAGGAGAUGCCCGCAUGUCAAUGCUGUCAAAGGAAGGUCUAUUGCAAAGGACAGAGAAACUGAGGCAGACUGCAAAAUCUUACACAGCAAUCCGAAAAAUAAGGGAGAGUGAUCGUGACUUCCGCAUCAAAACCUUUGCAGAAAAAGCCCAAGAAAUCUUUAUUGAGGCACACAAUAAUCUGGCCAAUUUAAAUGAGGAGAAGCUUCACUCUCUAGUGACUGAACACUGUUACCCGGAAAUGGUGCAAGGAAAUGAAUGUAAGACCAUUCGGUGGAGUUUUCUAGAGUCAUUGGAGCCUCCUAGAGUGGUCCAUGUGCGAUGCCCAACUAUGCUGAACGAGGAUCUUCUGUAUGGGCAAGUGACAGUUCGAAUUCACAUUCGGCAGAUUUUGGCUAUCUAUGAUCAGUUUGGGAGAUUGAUGUAUGGAAGUGAACAGAUACCGAAGGAUGUUCUGGAAUACGUUGUGUUUGAGAGACAUCUGCUGCACAAAACUGGCCAUUGGAGGUUACAUGACAAGAUCGUUCCGUCAUGGGCUCCUCCAAAAGAUCCCCUAACCAAGACUGUUAUGAUCCCAGGACUAAUCCCGACACCUUCAGAAGCAUAGGGAAGAAUCAUCAAGAGGUGCCAGAUCCACAGACUUAAUGCGACAAAUAAUAAGACGAAAAAAUGAAACAGGAAGGCAGAAUUGGAUAUGUUGGGCGAGCUUCUUAUGUGUAAUGACUCUAGUUAAGUUAUGAAGUAUAUAUCAAGCUAUAUGAUCCCUACAUUACUCCAUUUUUCAGUCUUCCUUGCUAAAAUAAUUGAUGUAUACUUUGCAAUAUUGAUUGUAUAUUGUUUCUUUUUGAUCAAUAAAGUAAUAGAUUUUAAGAUAUAAAACCUAAUAAACUUUUAUUUCACAAUCCACUGGAAUACCAAGAGGGUCAGGAGCUUUAUCUGAUUUCAUAGAUGUAAUGAUAGUAACAUCUAUUUGAUAGUA